UUCCAUUCGCUUACAACCAACGAUCCUCCUGUUCUUUCUUCACCUAAAGACGGGAAGCGGUUUGACCAGUUUGUGGUUCGUUCGUUUCACACUCCCCACACGAUGAAGGCUUUCAAGACCUACUUCACGCCCGACCAGGCGUCGGGCCAACCCGUGACCGAAACGUCGAACUCGAGUACACUGCAACCCAUUGCACCGCAGCCGAAGCCGCAGGUGGCCGAAAAACCAGCUCCUUACCGGACCUACAGCACCAGAACAUCCGCUCGACAGUCGACAGUGAGCUUAGCGCUCACUGCCGGUAUGAGGGACAAGCAUGCCAGCAGCAUCAUCGAUCUCAGGGCAGAUGUCACGGUACACAGCAUUUACCAGGAUCAGCUCAGGAAGAUGUAUGCUUCGGCAUGGAACUUGGGAGAGGGUGUUGUCCUCAAGAAGGGCCGUAACGAUUAUGUCUGCGCCCCCCCUCAGCUGUCGACAGUACCGAAUGGGUUCUUCGACAUGGUAACCCAGCUGAACGUCAGCUGUGCCAUGACGGUCAACACACCUGUCAUUCAAUCCAUCAUUCAUGGGCUCCUACAUAGCGGGGAGCCCUUGACUUCGAUCCCUCUUGCCGGGGGUUUGCAGCUUCAGGUCCUUCAAAGGAUGACCGAUCUCCCUAGGUGUCAAAAGCAUCACUUUGCAGCCUUUAUCCUGGACCCUCCUGUGCUCACUGUCUGGGAUGACGAUGCGAACAGACUUCAUGCUCGCGCAGAGAGCCUGGAGCACAUGAUCAUUUCUUACAUUUGGCGUAAUGAGACUGGCGAGGAGGAGGAGACUGACGAGAAGAACGAGAAGCAGCCCGGCGUCAACGUCGAGGAACUCUCUCCUGCUGCACUUGAAGAGGCCCUGAAGACAGAGGCAAGGCCGAUCCGGCUGACCAGUUCCAUGAUGGUUGCCUUGGCCCUUUGCCUGUCCGUCAUGUGCAUGGGUCUCGGUUACCGGAACCUGGCUCUGCAGUCCGCCGUCGACGGCAGCUACGUGCGUUGGGCGCUCGUGGUGGCUACCCCGUUUACGCUUUUCAUUAGUUUGUUCUUCUUCCUCUCCAUUGCCGGAAAUAUCUUCCAAAUCUUCGGCCCAAUCUCAUCGGUUCACGCAAACUCCAAGAACUUCUCUGGUAAAGCACCUCGCCGCCUUAGCCCUCACCGGGGCGAACUUCCCCACGUCACCAUCCAGAUGCCUGUCUACAAGGAGGGUCUGAAUGCUGUCAUCAAGCCCACAGUACUGUCUCUUAAGACCGCAAUCUCUACCUACGAGAUGCAGGGCGGCUCCGCUAGUAUUUUUGUCAACGACGACGGUAUGCAGCUCAUCAGUGAGGAUGAAGCCUCGGCGCGCAGAGAAUUUUACGAGGAGCACAAUAUGGGAUGGGUUGCUCGUCCUGGCCACAACCCCAAGCCUUCAGACCCAAGCGUGCAGCCUUUCAUCCGCAGAGGCAGAUUCAAGAAGGCCUCCAACAUGAACUAUGCCCUGAUGACUAGCAACAAGGUCGAGGAGAAGCUCAAGCAGAUCAACCGCGGAAGCAGAUGGAGCCAGGACAGUGAGGACAAGGCCUACGAGCAAGCUCUUGCCGAGGUUCUCGAGGAGUCCGAGGGCCGAACCUGGGCUGAGGGCGACAUUCGCAUGGGUGACUACAUCCUUCUUAUCGACUCUGAUACCCGUGUCCCGCGCGACUGCUUCUUGGAUGCUGUCAGCGAGAUGGAGGCUUCCCCAGAGGUCGCUAUCAUUCAGUACACUUCCGGUGUCAUGCAAGUUUCGGACUCGUUCUUCGAGAUGGCUGUCACAUGGUUCACGCAGAUGAUUUACACCAUCAUUACCUUUGCUGUCUCCAACGGUGAUAUCUCUCCGUUUGUCGGCCACAACGCUGUCCUCCGCUGGUCUGCUCUCCAAGAUGCUGCUUCCUACAUGGAGGAUGGCUACGAGAAGUUCUGGUCCGAGUCUCACGUCUCUGAGGAUUUCGAUAUGGCCCUGCGUCUUCAGACUGCCGGUUACUCUAUCCGAUAUGGUGCUUACACGGGGGAUGGCUUCCAAGAGGGUGUCUCUCUCACGGUCUACGAUGAGUUGGCCCGCUGGGAGAAGUAUGCUUACGGCUGUAAUGAGCUGCUGUUCCACCCCUUCCGUUUAUGGAUCAUCCGCGGCCCCUUUACACCCCUUUUCAAGCGCUUCAUCUUUUCCAACAUUGCCUUCUACAGGAAGAUCACGAUCCUGUCCUACAUCGGUACCUACUACGCCAUUGGAGCGUCUUGGCUUCUCACUCUGAUGAACUAUUUCCUAACGGGAUGGUUCUUUGGCUACUACGACAAGUACUACCUCGAUUCGUUCGCCAUCUUCUUUUCCAUCCUUAUCGUCUUCCCUCUCAGCGGCAACAUCGCCUUGGCUGUACUUAGGUAUAGACUUGGCCAGAAGUCCCUCAUUGGAGCCCUCUGGGACAACUUCAAGUGGAUGCCCGUCUUCACCAUUUUCCUCGGUGGAAUUUCGCUCCACGUCUCCAAGGCUUUGCUCUGCCAUUUCUUCGAGAUCGAUAUCCAGUGGGGUGCCACUUCCAAGGAAGUCGAGCGUUGCAACUUCAUCGAGGAAAUCCCCAAGAUCAUCAAGAGCUUCGCGGGCACUUUUGUCUUUACAUUCGCUGGGGUUGCUCUCAUCGUUUGCGGAUACUACGUCUUCCCCGUCCAGUGGCAGAUUCGCACCUUUGCGACCAUCUUCCCCGUGGGCAUCUGCAUUACUUCGCACUUUGCGCUUCCAGUGCUUCUCAACCCCGCGUUGAUGAAGUUCACCUUCUAA